AUGGAUGAAUUUCUUGAAUAUUUAAAAAUCGCAGAAGGGAUGGGAAAAGAAGCAGAAGAAAUAAGAAAUCUGCAGGAUAGGCUGGAUGAUCUAAAUAGAGAAAUAACUGAGCUUCUCAACAAAGAGAAGGAAAUAAAAGCAGUACCCGAUAAGGUGGAAACAUACCAAAAACGACUUGGAAAGCUGCAGGAAGAGAUAGAAAAGCAGAAUGCAAUAAAGAGAAAGAUCGAGUCGCCCGAGGAAAUCUCAAAACUUCGCAACUUUAUAAAUCAGAAGGAGCUAGCUGCAAAGGUGCUAGAGUACUUUAGCACGCUGUAUAGUGAGCAGUCCACAGUAAUUUCUGUGGAGGGAAUGAAGGUCAAGGUAAACAGGCUAAAAAUAUCGCUGAAGUAUAACGAGCUGCUGCAGCAAGUGCAGGCGUACCUUCCAGGGCACUUCAAUGCCCACAUACAGACAAUUACAAAGCUAGUUGUUGAUGCUGUUCUUCUGUCCAGUAAUGUGCUGAGCAUCGUGCAUAAAGAGAGCGUGGAGAUUAUUACAUAUGCUGCCAGCAAGCGGACAGAGAUAGCACAAAGUGAAAUCCAUAAGCAAAUACUAGAGGAUUUGGACAUUCAAGACGCAGAAAGCUACAUUGCCAAUGAGAAACUACAUGGCACACUAUCAAAGCUGGCAAUCUUUGAGGAUAUUCUGAUUGAAGUAAAAACACGACUCUUGAGGGAUCUGCACCAGCUAUCGUGCAAGCAGAUAGAUCGGUACAACAACGAGCUGUUUUAUGGGACAGUAUACCACAUAGAAAACACGGAUACCUGGUACUGCGACAACUUAGUGCAGAAAAUAGGGGAGGUCAGCAAAAAAGCAGAGGCGCGAGCAGAAGAAAUCACAGACGCACAGAAAAAAGGCCUGGCUAACCGGCUGCAGAUGAACACCUCGCAGAAAGCCAUGUCUAUACUUGAUAUUUUAUCAGAAAGCAUGCAGAGGCAGAAGGUAGCAAGUAUUUCGCAUGCAUUCUUUAAGUCUAUGCAGAUUCUGGAGCGGAUAGCAACCACAGAAAGAUCGCACAAGGAGAAAAUACAGAAAGCAAUCAUAGAGAAAAUUCAAGAACACUUUGAGCUGCCUUCUGGGCUCUCAGAGCAUGUGGAGAUGCAGAGGUGCGCGCUACGUCUUGCGGACUCACAGGCAGUGCUUGGCAUAAUUUCACUCGCCCCUUUGCAUUUGGCUAAGACAGAGAAAGAAGAAAUUAAUAAUGGAAUAGUGCAGAUUUUUGGUCAAAAGGAGGAAUAUUUUGUAGAUAUAGUAGACGAGUCGUUUUCGCAUUUGAUUCUCUGUACAAAGGUAGACAGAAUUGAUUUUUUAAGCACAAAUGUAACUAGAACGAUUAGUAUGGUAAACAACAUAUUUAUUGAGAUUAUAGAUCGAAUUUUCACUGACUCAUUGCUUUUCCACAUAAAAACAAUGUUCUACAGCCGUAUUUUAAGAGACGCCUAUUACACAAUACAAUCUGACUUAGAAGAGGCAGACAUCAAGCACUGGGCAGAGCUUCUGCAGAGCCUAUUGCAAAUUACAGGCGAGUUCGGGGAGGCUGUAGACUUCUACUGCCAGAUCAAAGGGCUGCAUGAUAUAUUUUGGUACGCAGGCGUUGCAACUGACUUUAUAGAAGAGUGCGAAGGCGCUUUGAAAACUCUGGACAGCGAGCUAAUGCAUGAUCUUAUUCCGUAUGUCUUCACUGACCAGAAUGUGGCCAGAAUUCUUUUAAAUAAUUUUCAGAAGAAAGACAAAAAAGAGUAG